AAAAAUAGGCGAAUCGCGCGCCACAAAGAUCGUACAGUCACCGUGUGCUUGUACUGUGUGUAUUUUAUCAGUGUUUGCUUUGCUGUUUUCAGUUACAAGUACAAGCAACAAACCAAUAAAGAUUAAAUUUUUUGCCUAGUCUUAGCUGGUUAGUUCGUGCUAGUACUAGAGGCUGUAAACUGGUGUACAAACCUAGGAUUCGAAGUCGAAGCCAAGAUCAAGAAAUAAUCAUCAAGGUGGAGUGGACAGUACGGUGGUGUCUUGUGCUGAUUUAUUAACAUGUCGACAAAUAAAAAAAUGAAAAAACUAGAAGACCCUGGUUCUGGUGACGGUAAUGAGUCCCGUGACUACGAUCUUGAAAUACAGAAGACACUUGAGGAUAUUGACGGUUGUCAAAAUCAAAUCGAUGGACUUAAUGAAAAAGCCAGCGACGAAAUUCUUGAGGUUGAGAAAAAAUAUAACAAGCUAAGAAAACCAUACUUUCAAAAACGCAAUGAUAUCAUCAAGAGGAUACCCCAUUUUUGGGUUACUGCUUUUGUUAACAACAAAAAAAUAGCUGAGAUACUGGAGGAAGAGGAGGAAGAUGCCCUUAGAUACUUGAACAAGUUAGAGGUUGAAGAAUUCGAAGACAUAAAAUCUGGAUACAGGAUUAAUUUUUAUUUUGAUGAGAAUCCGUACUUUGAAAAUGAUGUAUUAACUAAGGAAUUUCAUUUAGGAUCUACUGGAGAUCCAGCAUCGCAGAGCACAGUUAUACGUUGGAAAGAAGGCGCUGAUUUGACAAAAAGAUCCAAGAGUAAAAACCAAUUGAAAGGACGCAAGAGGCCACUAAGCCACCGAUCGUUUUUCGACUGGUUUACGGAUCAUGGUGAUCCCAGCUCCGAUGAGAUUGCGGAACUGAUUAAAGAUGACAUGUGGCCUAAUCCUCUACAGUACUAUUUGGCGCCGGAUAUGGAUGUAGAAAACGGAAUAGAAGAUGAAGGAGAAGAGAUUGAUAGUGAUGAGGCUGAAGAAGACGAAGAAGCUGGAGAAGAAGGUGAAGAAGUUGGCGAGGGCGAAGAAGUAGAUGACAAUAUAGUUGUUGUUGAAGAUGACGCUGAGGAGGACGAUGAUGAAGAAGAGGCUGUAAAUGACGAAGAAGAUGUUGCGAAUGACGAAGAAGAUCUUUUAGUAGAUGAUGAAGCUGAUCGUGAAGAUGGUGAAGGUGAAGAGCCAGAAUAAAAACAUAAAUAAAGCUGCAACUUUUGUUACACGUUGCUCAGGAUAUUAAAAAUGAAUCACUUAAUUUAGAACCAACAAGUAAAUUAUAAAUAAGAAAAUUAAAAAUACUAUUAAGUACCCAGGGAUUUUUCACGUGACCACCGACUUCUGUCUGGCUCUAUUACUCAUUAAUUGUAUUAAUAGUUGAAAAUAGUAUAGAUCAAAAAAAAAAAGUAAAAGUUAAGCGCUAGACAGGUGUUGUUAAGUCAGUGCUUUUUGAACCUUAUUGGAACAAUUUUAUUUUUUUUUUUUUACAUAACGAGAUAAAUCAGUAUAAGUGACUCGUUAUAUUAUUAUAAAUAUUUUGAUAAAUUUCAAAUGAAGAUAUUUUUUGCUUUAUUUUCUCACUUGUGGGACCCUGAUAAAUAGAUUUUCACAUAUUCUUAUAAUAAAAAAUUUGUAUAUAUAUUUGAAAAUAGUAUGGCCGGUAGUAACGAUAAACUUUUUUUUAUCGGUCACUACAUAAUAACGAUUAUAAUUCAUCUUGUUUCUGUCUAUCUUCCAUUGUAACCAUGAAAUUUUUAAUUAUAUUUUAAAUACAAAAUAAUGUUAAUCAUAAUAAGUUUAAUACUUAAGAUAAAAUGUGUAUUUGCGAUCAUCUUAAAUGAACUGGCCUCAAG